UACAGAUUAACCUUAUUUGCAUUUGGAUGAGGAAGAAACCAAAGCUCCGAAGCGGAGAGGCCCGCCUAGGAUCUGAAGUCCAAGCGAGUGGGUCCCGUCUAGACCUGGGCUACUGGCUGACUUGCUGUGGCAUCGGCUAUGCGGGAUGCCAUACGCUGGGGCUUUCGUUUUCUCCAAAUGUUCUUGCCCAGAUGCUGUUUUCCUGACGAGCUCAUCGCUGAGUGGUGCUCUGUGGUAGUUUCCACCCCCACCCCGACUCUUUCCUGCGCUUUCGCGGUUCCAGUUUCUGUAAGGCGCCGCCCCAACUGCGGUCCUGAGCUAGCGUGAAGCCGGUGGUCUCUGACCUGUGUGCCGCAUUCCAGCCAUGCCCGGAAGUCUUGGGCCAAUCGGAACAGCUAAGGCGAUGCCCUGGGCCCCUGUCCUCUUGCAUUUCUUCUUGGCAUUCCUGCCAGAGACACAAACCCGAUCACACUCUCUGCAGUAUUUCUACUCAGUUGUGUCUGAACCGGGUCCAGGAGUUCCUUCAUUUAUGGCUUUUGGCUUCGUGGACAACCAGCCCUUCAUUCGCUAUGACAGUGAAGAGAUGAAGGCAAAGUCUUGUGUUCACUGGUUGAGAGAGGAGCCAAGUUACUUUGAUGAUGAGACCAAGAUCUUCACAAGUCGGAUGAAGAUUUUCCACUUAAGUCUGAGGAAUGUGCAGCGAUAUUACAACCAAACCAAGGAGGAUGGUCUGAACAGAGUGCUGGCACAAAAGCAAACAAGUCCCCACACCCUCCAGUUCACCUACGGCUGUGAGCUCCUGGAGGACGGCAGGACCACGUGGCAUUGGCAGUAUGGCUGUGACGGUGAGGACUACCUGAGCUUGCAUAUGGACCCUCUGCAGUACACAGCAGCCACGUUCAUUGCUCAAUACACCAAACAAAAAUGGGAGGCCGGUGGGAACUACGUAGAGAGAGACAAGAACUACUUGGAGAAGGAGUGUAUCCUGUGGUUGAGGAGAUACUUGACGUUUGGAGGGGAGACCUUGAACCGCACUGAGCCCCCCAAAACAUACAUUACUCACCACCGCAUCUCUAACCGUGAGGUCACCCUGAGGUGCUGGGCCCUGGGCUUCUACCCUGCGGAGAUCUCACUGACCUGGCAGCGCAAUGGGGAGGACCAGACCCAGGACAUGGAGCUUGUGGAGACCAGGCCUUCAGGAGACGGAACCUUUCAGAAGUGGGCAGCCCUGGUGGUGCCUUCUGGAGAGGAGCAGAAAUACACGUGUCAUGUGCAGCACGUGGGGCUUCAGGAGCCCCUCACCCUGAGAUGGGAACCUCUGAAGAUCUCCGUUCUCAUCAUAGGCAUCGCUGUUAGCCUGGUUCUCCUCAUGGUCCUUAGAGCUGUGAUCGGGAUGAAGACGCGCUCAGGGAUUGAGUCAGCACAUUCAGGAACCAAAUUCGUGAUGUCAUUCUAAACUGAAUUACAUACAGGAACCACUGCUCUGUUGCUGGGCACAGUUGCCUUUUCACGACGACACCCCUGAUGCUAAGAUUCAACUAUGUGGCUAGAGCUAUCACUAUUGAUCUUGGCAACUGAAUGUCACUACUGCCACUCACCACCUUUGCCAAAAGCCUCGAGCACACCGAGCAAAUAUGGGUCAUUAUGUCCUGAGUCACGACUCAGCAUGUGUCAUGUGACUAAGAGUUCCUCAUCUUUCCCAGCUGUAUAUUUUGGGAACUGAGUUUUCCUCUCUCUCAUGGAAGGAUGUAGUCUGUCUUUCAAGACUCUUUCAUGUUGCAGCUGAUACCACAGAAAUACAAAGGAGUAUGAAAGACGACUAUGAAAGAUUAUACAGCAAACAAACUGGAGGAACUAGAAGAAGUGGAUGAACACAACCUACCAAGACAGAAUCAUGAAGAAACAGAGUAGCUGAACAGGUCAAUAACAGGUAAGAAGACUGAAUCAAUAAUCAAAAACCUCCCAGCGCAUGGGAAAGCUCGACAGCUUCAUGUAAAUCAAUGAAAUUAGAGCAUUCUCUCACGACAUAUGCAAAAAUAAAUUUAAAAUGGUUUAAAGAACUAAGUGCAAUACUUGACACCAUACAUCUCUUAGAAGAGACUAUAAGCAAAACAUGCUGCUGCUGCUGCUAAGUCACUUCAGUCGUGACCAACUCUGUGUGACCCCAUAGAUGGCAACCCACCAGGCUCCCCCGUCCCUGGGAUUCUCCAGGCAAGAACACUGGAGUGGGUUGCC